GUCCGACCUGGCCGCUGCUGCUGCUGCUGCUGCUGCUGCUGCUGGCUAGGUACAGGAUGCUGUCAGGCCGAGGAGACGCACCAACCUAAUGUAGAGAAACCGCAGCAGCAUCCUUUGUUUUGUGGAGCUGGAGACCCAGCUGUGACGCCCACUGACAACCUGCAGCACCUGGAGGAGAAGGGGGAGGCUCCCAGUUUCAACAGCCACUAGCAACAUCUUGGAGCAUAGAAGUAGCCAAUAGGCUCAAUAGGACAGCUCCAAACUGAUAGUGUGUGUGGCGAGCUGAAGGGAGAGCUGAAGGGAGAGCUGAAGCGGGCGUGGAGAGACAACGGAUCUUUCCUUUUCCACCAUCCUCUAUUUUUCCUUCAGCCCCGUGGAAGCACUCAUCCACACCACUGCACUGAAACACACUCAUCACUCUUUUCCUUCUUUCCGUUCUGUCACUGUACUUGUUCUCUCUCUCUCUUUCUGUCCAGCCAUCUGUCCAUCUUGCUUUAGGAACAAGUCAGCUGAACCUAAGCAUCACAAACCAGUAAAGACCAGUGAGGUUAGUUGUUGAGCUGCAAACUGAGUUCCUCCUGCUCAGGCAAUGCAGUGAAGUAUUUGGAUACAGCACUUGAGCCCCCCCCCAGCCCAGAGUCUGGCUCGGUACCACAGGAUCCCACAGGCGAUGAGGAGGGCCAGGGGGUUUAUCUCUUUCUAGACUUUCUCUUCUUCCACCUUGUGUCUUCAUGUUUUGGGGGUCCUCCGGUGCCCCCGCCCUCUGUCGACCCCCCCGCACCCACUGCCACCACGGCCGGCCACCCCAGUCGCCUCGUUGCCAUGCCGACAGAGACACUGGCUCCAGCCCUGCCAGAUAGCAAGGCCGCCGGCCCCGCAACAGCCUUCAGUUCCACCGUACCCCUUCGCAUCCUCAACAAGGGCCCUGACUACUUCAGGAGACAGGUGGAACCUAACCCAAAGCGUCUCAGUGCUGUUGAGAGACUAGAAGCUGACAAGGCCAAGUAUGUCAAGAGCCAGGAAGUUAUCAACGCCAAGCAGGAGCCAAUCAAACCCCCCGUGAUGGCUAAGCCUCCCGCCGGUCAUACCCUCCUGGCCAAGAGAGGCUCUGGGAUUGGUGGAGGAGGAAAUGGAGGCGGGAUACCUUUCAAAGCAUCCAAUAACAACGCAAAGUCAGACACAAUAGCAACAAGCAGCGGCAGCAGCAAACGGGAGAAUUUAAACCUGGAGAUCCUUAAAAAUCUGCUGAACUCAUCGUCCUCUUCAGGAGCGGGAUCUGAAGGACUAGGAGGUGGAGCCAAGAGUGCUGUGUUGAUGAGGUCAUCAGGGGGAAUGGCCAGGAGUUGGACGCCAUCAGGGAUGCCGUUAACCUACCGAUCUACAAUGGCGCUUAAUGAGCAACCAGACGUAGCUCCCAGUCCAAGCACCUCACACUCCCUCCGGUCCUUCUCCCAUUCCCUGAAGGUUCCUCCGGUCAUCAGCGGGGGACGCCGCAGCCCACAACAGGGAGGAAACCUCAACCUCAGCAGACGAGGUGAAGGGAUUAUUGACCGUUCUCGCUCCCCACUACCCCCGCUACUCACCUCCCACUCCUCGUCCGACCUCCUGCGACUGUGCAAUGGCAAGCCCCUUCGCACGGCCCGGUCCAGCAGCUCCUCAGCUCCGCCCCUCCCUCCAAAACCCAACCCCGCCUCCCUCCCUCCUCCCGCGCUUUCCUUGUCGCUGCCUCCCCCUCGUCCAACUCCUUCUCCCUCGCUCUGUGACAACAUCACCCCUCAGUCGCUACCUUGUGAUUUCGGAGGCUCUUCCCAUAUUUCUACCGAUGCCAACGUAGAGCUUGAGCUUGGUUCAUCCGUGGCUCGUCGCUCCUCGCUACACAGAUCCAAAUCAGACCUGUCAGACCGGUACGCCCGGGCUGGAGCUGACGUGGAACGCUUUUUUAACUACUGCGGCCUGGACCCAGAGGAGCUGGAGGCAGUCGGUCCGGAGAACUUUGCGCGGGCCAACUCGGACAUCGUCAGCCUGAACUUCCGAUCCGCUUCUAUGAUCUCGUCUGACUGCGACCGGUCGCGGCGAUCGUCCAACGACGGGCUGUCGGACGGGGAAGAGGACGAGGAGGAGGAGGCCGGAGAGCGUGUUCCAUACGGCAUCUCGGCUGUGGAGCGAAACGCAAGAGUGAUCAAGUGGCUGUACAGCAUCAAACAGGCGAGAGAGACGCAGAAAGUCUCCCAUGUUUAGAACAAGCACUGCAGUGGAUAGGAUGUGCUUUCAACUACAGACAAACGUACCCAUGUUUCAGAGUUGACAGAUGGACCAGAAAAACAAAAAACAAAUUGUGAAAAAGUAUAGAUGGAUGAAUGCAUAUAUGAAAGAGAAAGCCUGACGGGUCUAACAAACUGGUGAAAAAACUGACUUUUUUUUUUAGAAAUGAAUAAAGACAUGAUGAAAAGGAAUCUAACCAAUUAGGUUUAGAACAACAUGAACACCAUGAACAGACAGAAAUAAAACUCGGACAAAUAAAUGAACAAAAUGUUCUGUCUCGAGAGACAAACAACUGGACAUGUCUGAAAAGAAACUAAAUAGCUGUUCCUCUCUGGACACUGAAUAAAAUGACAGACAAAGUCUGUCAAGAGCAAAAUGCACUGCGAUUGUCUAAGGACCCAUAAAGUGACCGCCUCACUGCAAAGGAUCAUAGGCCUUUCUCACAGAGAACAAUUUGGCUUGACUAAUCAAAGCCUUUUUAAGUGGGAUUAUACUCCUACAUAGCUUGCUAGCUACCUAGCGCUCUAUCUGUUCAAACCACGCUGACUUCAAUCUUCGUUCUGCCAUCUCUGUCCUUAGUCACGGCUGUCCCGAUGGCAGCUCCUGGGAGGACACCAGCUAGGCAAACUGUUUUAACCAGUCAAACACGGUAGAAAUGUACUGCAGUGUCGCGCGUGUGUCUGAGUUAGUGUGGAAAAACGGAAGUGUGUAUGUUCCAUGAGUUGGGCGACUGACUGAGGUGAAAAACAAUUUAUAUGUGGAUUGAUUAGCAUAUUUCUUUGACCAAUGUAAGGGUUGUCACUUAGUCAUUUACACAUUGUAAAGCAUUUUAUAAUGACUUUUAAGGUCUAGUCUCAUAAUACCAACCAACAUGUAUUUAUAUUGCCUUUUACUGCAACCAGCAGGUAUCCAAAGUGCUUUACAUUAAAGACUAAAGAAUAAUAAAAAACAUAACAAAGUAAAAUCAGAAAAGGUAACAUAAAACUCCCACUCACAUUUGUUUGUUUGCGGUGCCUCCGCUGCCUCACUAAGUAACAAACUAACUGGGUGAAUGCAGAUUUGUUGUGGUAAUGUUACCGUAAGGCACUACUUUUAUCCACAUUUUUUUCAAAUCUAUGGUGUCAAAUCCAACAUUCUACUUCCCAUUAUUAAUAAGACGAUUUGGUGCCAUGAUUAACUGUUCAGCAUAGCGCACUAGUUGCCACCAUUUUGCGAUGGCAAAGAGAACGAUAGCAUAGUAGAUCACUCCCGGCUGCUGGAGUACAAGGCUGUUGCACUGACUGAGUUUUGAAUUAAUUACAGAUCAGUUCAUUUGACCUGCAUUUGAACAGUACUUUGAAUUUAGGAUAAACAAGUGACAACGCUAAUCGACUUUACGUCAACUCCUCAUAGCUUCGGUAUAAACAAAAACUCACUACUCCGAUGUCCACUUUGAGAAAGGCCUAUGUCACAGUGUUGAUGUCUCCGUUUAAACAAACGUUCAAAAAGGGUCCGGACAUCUUUGCAAAACAGAUGUUGAACUCUAUCUGUCAACAAUGAGAAAUCCCAUUGGAAAGUCAGCGCUGCUGGUGCACUGUUUGACCGUAACAAAGUCAGCUCGGUUACGUUGAUAUUUUUUGUUGGAGGUGACUGUUGAAGGAACAUUUCCGCACUAACUAAAUGGGUUCGUUGUUGGGAAAAAACUAGGACAGCAAAAUGUUGAGAAAGUCAUGAAACACAAGUGAUGGUGAGCUAGAUUUGACAAAGCUUUAGCUCUUGUUAAGCUAGAUAUUGCAUUUGCUAAAUGAAGGCCCUGUAGUGUGUGAUGACUGAGUGAUGAAGGAAACAACUGACACUGAAGGAUUUGGACAGAUAUUCACACGAUAUAAAGUAUAAUCUCUCAAGCAUACUUAUCCAUACAGCAUUAAGGUCACACCAUCAUAUCAUGGUACUCAUACAUUAUAAACAGUUCUGUCAUCAACCUGUUCAUGUGAACCAACGAAGCAUUUAACGGAGAGUUUUAGUGUCCUGUGAUUGGACAUGGUUGUUCAGAGGCUCCACACUGACCCUGCCACUUAACAUUUAAAGAAUGAAGAUGAUUUAAAUGGUGAGAUUUGGUCAAAUGGUUAAAUGUACUAAAUACUGUAGAAGGCAUAAUUAAUCACUAAUGGCUCGUUGAUUGGGGUAGUUUAGUUCAAAUGAACUCUGGUGCGUUUGCCCAUUUAAAGCUUUAAUGUGUAACUUUUUUUAUGAUAGUGAACGUCCGUUUCAUUCAAGCCGUUGCCAAAUGAGUUGCUACAAAGCUAAUUAAGACAGAAACUACGCAUUAUAGCUUUAAUUUGAAAUGUUUAGGCUUGUGUGGAAGGUUGUCAUUCAAACUGGGACAAAGAACUGCACCUAGACUACUUGGGUAGUCUCAGUCAACUUCUAACAAAACUCUUGUUUUGUUUGUGGUGCAAACUCAAACCAGAGCAACCCCAGGAUUUGGGGUUGUAAGCAUGAAUUCAAAAGAUAAACUAGACUUACUGUAAAUGUAUACAAUCCAUAUGCCUUUUUAACAAAUCCAGUAAACGUCUCCUUCAGCAGAGAUAAUCAUUGUCAAUCUGGGAUUUAAAAAAAAAAAGCAGUUUUUCGAGCAGUGAUAUUGCAGGACACCAAAACUCUCCUUUCAAAACAAUGUAAGUAACAAUCUGAUAAUGUAGUCCACCAGGAAAUACACUAAAAACAAUACAAAUAAAACUGUGUGUUCACUAUUACAGGACGUAUUACAGUACAGGAAAGCAAGGAUGGUGGAAAGGAGAUCGUGGUCCUUUUUACAUAUGUCAGCGUUCUGUCUGAAAGACACUUCAGAUUUACGGUGUUUAAAGUUGAUUGUGCUGUAGAUCGCAUCCCACGACCACACGCACAGAGGAGGAACUCCAGCAGUGCUUCUGCAUUACAUUAAAGAACACUUCAGGCUGCGUUCACGGUGGUUGUGUCCAUGUGCUAAACUCGGCUUUGGCUCCCUCCACCUGAAAGCAAGCCACAGAGAAAACCUGUUGCUUUACCCUUGUGUGUGUUCCUUGAUAAUGAAGGGGGAUGGAUUACCGAGUCCACCUCCACCCUCACCUUUGUCAUCUGUCUACAUGUCGGCACGUGGCUGACAUGUCUCAAGGCCUGAAGCCAUAUCGGUGUGAAUGCAGUGCCUCGGUCAGCGUCUUCUAACUGUCAGUGUGUCUGUCUCCCCCCCCCCCCCCCCCUCUAACUUUAAAUCUAUUGUGCAGGUCAGCUUCAGUGUGUCGACAGCAGCGACCCUGCUGGGCUUACUUCACUUCCCCUCAUUCUAAUAGUAGGAUGUAUCUGACAAAACACCACUUUGGUGGGAUUGGAGCUACAAAGGUAUCAACAUCUGUGGCAACUGUAGUCUCUUACAUUUUGACAGGUAUAUGAUUUGGGAUGCACAUAGUGACAAGAUAUAGUGUAGGGGAGAGCGGGGGGGGGGGGGGUUAGAUGAUUUGGAGUGUGUCCUUUGAGGUACAGAUAGCCUUUCUUUCCCCUAACACCCCAUCAUUACUUCAUGUAGCUUGGUGAGUUGAAAACUUAGUGCCAUAAGUGGCACAUAAUCUUCACUGUGCCCAAGUUGAGGCCAAUUUAAAAAUCCUUUUUGUUUGAACAAUACUUUUUAAGCACAAGUAUGCACAAUCACACGAACCAAUCGGAAUCUCUGAAGUCAUAGUAGUUCAACGCAAGUCACAACUCCCCAUUGAAACCAAAAGUGAUCUAAGUUUCCAGGCAUAAUUAUACUUCUUCUGAAAAAGGGUCGUGGCUUAGAUCAAGCUUUGAAAUGUCUUGAAUACACAGUGAGUGAAAACUAAUGUUUCUGCAAAAUGGCAACGUGGGUGUUGUAGUGAUGCAUCCCUUCGUCCUACAUAGACUAAAGUGGAAGUGAAGUGAACCCGGCUGGGGGAAAGACCCUUCCCGCAUCACCUCCCUCUGAGCUCAGGGUUGUGCUAGCAUGUCCUUGUCCUGAUCCUUCCCAUGUGUCCCCCCCCCCCCCCCCCGCUCCUCUGAAACCCAGGAAGCCCUGUUGCUUCUCCCAGUCAGCAUUAAUAAAGACAAUAUUGUCCUGUUCUGGCAGCAGCAUCACGCUUCAGUUCAAUUUCUUUCUACAUGGUGUGUUUUUUGUUUUUUAUCUUUGGUUUGACAGAUAGAGCUCAUCUGUGGUACUUGCUUUGUUUUAUUUAUUUUUUUCUUAUAUGUGUAAAUGCUGUAAGGAAAAAAGAAAAGUGUAUAUAUAUGAUUUAAAAAGCCAUGUGUUGGAUUUCAGUUUUUUAUCUGUCUGAAGGUUUAUGUGUUACAAAAGAGUCCGAACAAAAAAAAAAAACCCUGCUGUUUUUGCUCGUCGCCCUCUGCCUGAUCAAGCUGGGCAGCAGGAUUUCAGAGACUUAGUGUUGACUGUGUUUUUCAACGUGGAAACUGUUACAUUUUGCUUGAUUGAGAAAAAAAGUGUUCAUGUUUAGUUUCUUUUGAUUAUUUCAAUAAAUGGCUUGUUUUGCCAUCUCUC